AUGGCAAUUCCUACAAAGAAUCAGAAAGCUUCUACUGUCGCUAAACAACUGGUUUACAAUUGGUUCUAUAAAACUGGCAUACCAAGUCGUUUGCAUAGUGACCAAGGUAGGAAUUUUGAGGGUGAGGUGGUUAAAGAGUUAUGCAAGUGGUAUGGUAUCAAAAAGUCACGUAGUACUCCCUAUCAUCCUGAAGGAUUGACUCCUUAUUUCCUCCUUUAUGGAAGAGAGCCAAGAUUACCUGUAGAUUACUUGUUAGGUACCAACAAGGACGAUGUAAGUUACAAGGUAGACGAUUGGUUGAAGUCUCACAAAGAGCAUCUUCAGUACGCCUGGACUGUUGCAGGUAAGAACACAGAGAAGAGCGCAGAAAAACGACGAGAGUUUCACGAAAGGAAAUCCAUUCCUUGUUCAAUUGAUGUAGGAACAAAGGUUCUUAUCAAAAAUCAUGUACAAGGUAGGAAUAAGAUACAAGAUGUGUGGAAAUCAGAUCCUUACAUUGUCACAGGUAAGUUACAGGAAAAUGUUUACGAAGUAAAGUCAGCAGAUGGUAGUAAUGAAACAAAAGUUCUUCACAGAAACGAGCUCUUAGACAUGAAAGAAAAGCACCAAAACGAGCAAAAUAAUAUUUGUGAAGAGUCUGAUUCUGAUGAGGAGAUAGAGGCAUAG